AUGAACGCGGAUAUCCAGCAAAUGCGACGCAUCAUUGAGCUCGUUGAUGCCAUUUCUCUUCCGUGGCCCUUUGACUUCAAAGAUCUUCCACGUUUCUUUUGCAAGAAACUCUUACUCUUCGGCCGCUCGUACAGCAGCACAGCCAUGACUAAAGCGAUCCUCGUGAUCGGUCAUGGACCCAUCGGCCACUCUUUUAUUGAGAAGAUAACCACGAGUGAAGUUGCUGCUAACUACCAACUUUCAGUCCUUUGUGAAGAACCACGACCUGCCUACAAUCGAGUGAUGCUCACGCAAUAUUUUGAGGACCGAGAUGCUGAGAAGCAUGACAAGAUGAAGUUGUCCUACGUCACUGAGCAGGAGUUGAAGGAACUCAAUGUGAACCUCAUCUAUGGACGAGCAAUGUCCAUUGACAGAGAAGCGAAAAAGGUGUCCUACACCUUUGACUCUGGGAAUGAAUCGAUUGCUUAUGAUGUCCUCAUCUUGGCCACGGGUUCUUUCUGCUUUGUUCCUCCGGUGCCUGGCAUGACCAUCCCGGAAAAGAAGAAUGUGAAUUGGCCGGACGAUCCAGCUUCCAGGCCUGAGGGUGUGUUUGUCUACCGUACCAUUGAGGACCUGGAAUCAUUGCUGGCCAAGUCGAAGUCGGGUGCAACACGUGCAGUGGUGAUUGGUGGAGGGUUACUUGGACUUGAGGCUGCCAAGGCUGUCUAUGACCUGAAAAUGGAAAGCCAUGUAUUGGAGAUGGCACCAUACUUGAUGCCAACACAGCUCAAUGAAGCAGCUGGGCAAGUUCUAGGCAAGAAGAUCAAUGACUUGGGAGUGCGUGUUCAUUGUGGUGUCCAAAUCAAGCGAGUGGUCUUGGAGGAUGAUAAGGUCACUGGCAUCGAGCUUCUGGAAAAGGGAGAAGACACUCCAACUGUCUUGGACACCGACCUGAUCAUCGUUUCUUGCGGUGUUCGCCCUCGCGAUGAGCUUGCUCGUCAGUGUGGCUUGGAGAUGGGCACCCGGGGUGGUGUGAAAGUGAACGAGUCCUUGCAGUCCUCCGAUGAGCACAUCUAUGCCAUCGGCGAGGUUGCAGCAAUCGGUGGACAGAUGUGCUACGGCUUGUGGGCGCCUGGGGUGGAGCAAGCUGAGACCUUGGUGCAGAAUCUGCAGCAGCCAGGUUCCUCCGAAUAUGUGGCCUCUGACUUGAGCACAAAGUUAAAGCUCUUGGGUGUCGAGGUGGCUUCCUUUGGUCGGAGUGCCGACUUUUGGUUCAAGCGGCAGUUUGAUGGAAAGGAUCCAAGCGUGAAGUUCAUUGACUCUAAGGAUGAGAUCAAUGACACCUACCGGCGCCUUUGCUUCUCGGCAGAUGGCUCGAAACUCAUGGGUGGCGUUCUGGUCGGAGAUGCCAAGGAUUAUUCCAAGCUACUUCAGCUCAGCAAGAAAGAGGACCUUGCAGGCAAUGAACCUGCUGGCUUGGCCUUCAAGCGCCCUCCACCAGGUGCUUCCACCGGAGCACCCAUCGACGGCGGCGAUGGCACUGGGCUCGCAGACGAUGACACGAUUUGUACGUGCAUCGGCCUCACAAAGAGCCAAGCCAUCAUCGAGAAAGAAGCCUACACAAUUCCACAGAUCAAAAAAGCUUGCAAAGCUGGCACUGGCUGUGGUGGUUGUGUGACACCAGUUGGAGAGGUGCCAAAGCUUUUGGCCCACACACUGAAGAAACUGGGCAAAGCAACUGCCUCUGGCAUUUGUCCGCAUUUCAACUACUCCAGGCGGGAGCUGUUUGAUAUCAUCAAGAUCAAGGAGCUGAAAUCUUUCACAGAGGUCCUGUCAUCUGUAGGUCAGGGUGCCACAGAUGGAUGUGAGCUCUGCAAACCCAUUGUUGCUUCCAUCUUGUCGGGCCUUUGGAACGAUCAUGCGCUGAAGGCAGGAGGUGACAUCACACCUGACACGCUCAUCGCCUUUGCUCAGACUGCGAAGAAAUAUGGUCUCUGGACCAAGAUCACGGGUGCUCAACGCUUGGGCAUGUAUGGUGCCAAGAUCCAUGAUUUGCCUGACAUCUUUAAGGAGUUGGUGGAUGCUGGCAUGGAGACAGGACUGCUUCCAAAACGAAACAUGGCCUACGGCAAGGCGUUGCGGACGGUGAAGAGUUGUGUGGGAACCAGCUGGUGCCGCUAUGGACAGCAGGAUUCUGUGACGAUGGCUGUUACCAUGGAGAACCGCUACAAAGGCUUGCGGGCUCCUCACAAGAUCAAGAUGGCGGCUUCUGGGUGUUUGCGAGAGUGUGCUGAAGCCCAGGGCAAAGAUGUUGGAGUUAUCGCUACCCAGGCCGGCUACAACCUUUAUGUUUGUGGCAACGGCGGUGCUAAACCCGUGCAUGCAAAGCUGUUGGCCACCGACUGCUCUGUGGAACAAGUGUUGAAGUACACAGACCGAUUUUUGAUGUUCUACAUCUCAACAGCCAAGCACCUGCAGCGCACAGCCCCUUGGCUAGCUGAGCUGGAAGGUGGCAUUGAGUACCUCAAGAAGGUGGUGAUUGAGGACUCUUUGGGCAUUGCUGAUGAUUUGGAAAAGAUGAUGGAGAACAAUCGCAGCAACGAGAAGUGCGAGUGGAAGGAAGUCGCUUAUGACGAGGAGCUUCGCAAGAAGUUCAAGCAGUUUGCGAACACGGAUGAGACCCAUGACUCGGAGCAGAUUGAAUAUAUCGAUAUGCGUGGCCAGCGUCAUCCCAACCUUUACAGCCCGCCUGACAUCACCGGUGCAGCACUCUACACCAAGGAGGAUGCGAAAGAGAGCUGGGAGUGGAUUUUCGCCGGCCUUACGAGUGCAUACCCACCAAAUGGUGGGCUGAGUGUCAAGCAUGGUACGCAGGAACUGGCCGUCUUCCACCUCCCCAAACAAGCGGAGGAGGAUCAAUGGCUGGCCGCACAGAAUCUUUGCCCGCACAAGCAAGCACGGUCGAUCUCCAGAGGCUUGGUGGGAGAGCAGCCCAACGGAACCCUGACUUUGGCCGAUCCUAUCUACAAGACAACAUAUGACCUCAGAACUGGCCGAGGUAUUGGUAACCCCAACUUCAAUCUUUCCACCUUCAAGACAAAGGUCGAAGAUGGUAAGGUUUUUGUCCAGGUGCCUCCGAGUGAAGAGAUGGAGGAAGCCUUUGAGAAGCAGAUCCGAGCUUCCUUUAAGGCGGCUGGCCAGGAAUACAAGAAGAAGGUUGGUGGCCGCGUUUCUGCUCAAGACUUGUCAUGGUGA